CUUCGACGGCUUCCCGCCUCCACAUGAUGCAGUUACGCCUUUCUAACGCAAACAUUGCUGCUACGGUUCUUGAAUCAUGGCAGCUUCGGCAGCAUCUCGGAUGCGAUUGACCAUUGACGUUCUGCCUCUUACUGAAGAAAACUCCCAUGCGCCUAGAGAAUAUCGUGAACUUGCAGUCGCUGCGCUGAAGGGAAGGAGAUUCGCGCUGCCCGUGCAAUCGGAACAAACUCUCGAAGAAGUAUGGGCUCAGAUUGAAGAGCGCUACAAGCGCAACUAUCUUCAACCUCAUGAAGCAGUCCAUUUCACGAUUCUGAAAUUACAAGAUGCCUACGAAUGCGAUCUUGAUCUAAGUGAUACCGUAGCUUCGAUAUACGAGGGCGAAACAGAUCCACAAAAGCGACUGAUCAGGGUAGUCCCCAGCUUCACCUACCGCGACUUCUCAGUUCCCAUAUCUUCGAAUUUACGGCCCAUCAGUGCCCAGAAACGUCACAGAGACGCACACGAGGAACAAUCCAACAAACGAAGACGAGUUGACGGGCACUACAACGAUGAGAUUAUACAAGACAGACCAAUUCUCAGUACAGAAUCAGAUAAUGGUGCUUUAGGCGCGAGAGACCCGAGCCCUCUUGGGCAGUCACAGAGGUCCAAGUCAAGCGCUUCUGUCAUCUACGUGCAGAAUUCACAAACUGGCGAGGCGAUUUUUCCACCUGCCAUCAAGGAGGAAUCGCCUGAGCUCGGUGUUCCGACUACACGGUCGGAAAAUACAGUAGAUCAAGCUGCAUCUGCUCGCAGGGCGACCUCAGUUAUCUCCGAGAUCACAUCUCAACAGGAUGCGAACGCAAAUGGGCCACUGACACCACCCUCGAACAAUGAGGAGACUGUUCAACAUUCCAGCUCUCCAGAACUAUUCCUAAGACCUACCAGGCCAGUCAUCACUUACGGUAGUCGUCGUAAUAUCCGAACGGUAGAUUCUGCUCAAAAAUCCAGUCAACCCCAAAAGAAAACAUACGAUAAAAGUGCAAUUUCGAAAACACCCAACACAAGAGGCAAAUCUUUCAAGAUACCAAUGUCUUUCGACGACGAAAUCGUAUCCACACCUCAAUCAGCCCAGAGACAGCGAUCGAGUAUGAAUGAUCAGUCUUCUGAACCCGAGGUGCAACGAGAAGACUCCGUUAGCUCUUCUGUGCUCUUAUCUGGAUCACCGAAACGACCCUCGCCUGGUAAGGGGGAGAUUUCCGGUCGUGUGAAUGGUCAAUCCUCAGGCAGUGCCGUAUCAAACAGCCACAAUGACAAUAACGCCAGUCGCGGUGUACAGGUCGUCAUUCCCUCCCGGGCCAGUGCAGUCAAUACACAGAAAUCUGAACCUCAAAGGCCUCAUCGCCCUGUGCCCAAGAAUGCAAGGAAAGUUAGUGGGGAGGAUCAGCUAUCCACAAAUGGUUCGUUGCUCUCCUCGCAAGUCACUCUUAAUGAUCAACUACGGGAAGUGUCACCCUUCUAUGCCAGUAAGACGCUUGCCAUGGUUCAUCACAACGAAGACCAGAGACUCGAUAAGGUUUCGACACCAAAGUCUUCAACAAAAUCCAGUAAUAAAUCUUCCUCAAAAUCAAUUAGGUCAUCCGGACUGCCCAAACCUUCCAAGAAGUAUUACGAGAUGGCAAAGCCCGAAACGCCCGUGAAACAGCAAACACCCAAACAGGCCGCUUCUCGGGCGACAAUCUCGUUUGCUGCAGAUACGCCUGUGGCAGCUAAGAGGCCGCGUGGGAGACCCCGAGGAAGUAAGAACAAGCGGGAUUCGGACGGAGUUCCAGUGGACAUUUCUUCUACCCCAGCAUCGUCAUGGCAAACUUUCAUGAGUACAAACAUGGACGCAGAUACCUCUAUCGCUAUCACCCCUUCUAAGGUUCUCGGCGGCGAACAAGCUUCUCAGGAAAUGCCCCCCCCUGGCACAAGCCUUGCUCCAAAAGCUGAGGGUUUUGUCUUUGUACAAGAAUGUCCCACGUCGACACCAGUACAAAACAUGUGGCAAAUAGGAGACUCAAGCAAUCAUGUUACACCCAAAAGUCAAACCACGCGAGAUUCUGCACCAAAGGCCGGCCGCCAAUCACAAGUGGCACUUUCUAGUCCUAAACAGCAAAAGCACAGGUCGACGACACCAUCUCAAAACAAAGAAACAGUGUCUCCCCAGUUGAAGAACCCCAUGGCGGACGAUGGCAAGCAUACACAGAGAGCUUCUAUCGAUUCCCAAUCAGCAAAAGCACAACACCGUAGCAUUCAAAUUCAAGUUCCAGAGAAUGUGAGAGAUCAACCUACCACAGAACCUCGCUCGGACUCGACCACGGCGCAGGGUGCUAUGGGAAUAGCUCAGACAUUUACACCGGUCAAUGGAUUGUCUUCUGAAACACAAAAGACGACUACGCAAGAGACCGCACUAGAUGGUUCCCCGGCGGCUGUCCCGUCAUCUCCAGGGAAUACAGUGGAGGAUCCCAUGGUUGUUUCUAGUGCCGAGUCAUCCUAUGAAGACGACGAGAAUGAGGAAGAAGACCGUGAACAUCAAGUGAGCACAGGAAGUAUGAGGUCCGAUAAAGUUGAUUCGGACAUUGACCAAAUAAUGAAAGAAGCUACUGUUCAAGAGGUCGCAGGUGGAGAUAACCAAGAGAGCGUCACCGGUAAAGAAAACUCUGGUGAGACACAGAAUGCAAGGACGGAUGCGAACUCAGCGGCGCCGAUAGCACGGGCACCAUCUUGGAGUUUCGGAACUCUAACCCAAAGCGCGGAAGUCGAUGGGAAAGACAAACCUUUGGCAUACCAACCGGACGCGAGCACUCGCUCUACUUCCACAUCUGCUUCUGAUUUGGAGGCUGAAGAGGAGCGCGAGAAUUCUCCUCCAGAGAGCGGAGUGUCAUCUGCGAGAUCCUCACCAGCUGCUUCACACCAGCCAGCUCGCUUCUUGAGCCGCUCUCCCACCCCGGAACAAUCAGAAGGUGAAGAUGAGUCCCCGGAAUUUACUCCGGCACCAGAGAAAACAGCAACUGCUAUUGAGGACCAAGAAGAGAGCGAAGAAAGCGAAGACAGUGACUCUAGGACGAGUAGUUCCAAUAGCGAGAGUGAGCAAGAUGAUUCCGAUGAGGACGAAACGCCAGCUGCAAAUCCAGCCACGAAUCUGCCCGCUAUUCCACCAUCCUCCCCACCGGCACUUCCUCCUCAUACUGCACGGGCGAAAGCCGGCGGAGCGACGUCCGCGCCAACUCCACCUAUUUCAAGCUCGCAACCUCUUCCUCUGGCUGCACGUUCCGCUGGAACGGGAGUCGCGAGAUCAAUACCGUCGAGCUCCCAGGGCACCCCGCAUACGCCUGCUGCCCGCUCUUCACAGCUUCUCAAUACGGCUCGCCGCACUCACCAAUUUCCGAACAUAAAACAGCAACUCCUUGCGGAACGCUCUGCCACCAAAACAGCACAGAAGGGCAAAACGUUUGACCCAAGCUCGACUAGUAUGGGUAAAUUAAGCAACCCAAACCUCAAGAAAAGGGCAUUGGCCUUCAGCGAGGAUAGCGACGAAGAUAGCAGUUCUGAUUCUAGCUCCAGUGACAGUGACGAUCAUGGAAAGGGGCCCGAGGGAGCUGGUUGUACAAUUGCAUGAUUGAGAUGAUCAACAUGACCGCUUCAAUGUAAUAAUACAACUAAUUUGUCCGCAUUGGAGUCAUGUGCAAGUUCUUGAUACUUUCUAUCGGUUCGCCCUCAUCAUGUCAGCGUUUCGGCGUUCUUGUGUUUUGGAUAAUACUUGACAUUCGUACCUUUUCGAAUGGCUACAGGAGCAAAUAGGGACACUUCCAAAGGACGAAGAGUUAAGGUAUUGAGUCAAAGGUGUAGAUAUUUGAUAUGCUCAUGCUAAUCCGGUG